GGCCAAGUCGCCCGGAGGUCAGCGAAUUCGGCCCCCUGUCGCCCGCCGCUCGGUCCAGGCCGGCCCAGGCAGCAUGUCCAUCCACUUCAGCUCCCAGGUCUUCAGCUCGCGCUCCUCCGCCUUCCCGGGGCGAGGCACCCAGAUGCGCCUGAACUCGGUGCGCCCCGGCGGCUUCCGCGGCAGCAGCAGUAGCCUCUAUGGCCUUGGCGCCUCGCGGCCACGCGUGGCAGCGCGCUCAUCCUACGGGGGCCCAGCGGGCGCCGGCAUCCGCGAGGUCACCAUCAACCAGAGCCUGCUGACCCCGCUGCAGGUGAACAUCGACCCCUCCAUCCAGCAGGUGCGCCAGGAGGAGCGCGAGCAGAUCAAAACUCUGAACAACAAGUUCGCCUCCUUCAUCGACAAGGUGCGGUUUCUGGAGCAGCAGAACAAACUGCUGGAGACCAAGUGGGCGCUGCUGCAGGAGCGGAAGUCGACCCGGAGCAGCUGCCUCCUGGGCAUCUUUGAGGCCCAGAUUGCUGGCCUGCGGAAGCAGCUCGAGGCCCUGCAGCUGGACGGGGGCCGCCUGGAGGUGGAGCUUCGGAACACGCAGGACGUCGUGGAAGACUUCAAGAACAAGUACGAAGACGAAAUUAACCGUCGCACGGCUGCUGAGAAUGAGUUUGUAGUGCUGAAGAAGGAUGUGGAUGUUGCCUACAUGAGCAAGGUGGAGUUGGAGGCCAAGGUGGACGCCCUGAAUGAUGAGAUCAGCUUCCUCAGGACCCUCUAUGAGGAGGAGUUGAAAGAGCUGCAGUCAGAGGUCUCAGACACGUCUGUGGUCCUGUCCAUGGACAACAGCCGCUCCCUGGACCUGGACAGCAUCAUCGCCGAGGUCAAGGCCCAGUACGAGGAGAUCGCCAACCGCAGCCGGGCCGAGGCCGAGGCCUGGUACCAGACCAAGUUUGAGACCCUCCAGGCCCAGGCUGGGAAGCACGGGGACGACCUCUGGAAUACCCGGAAUGAGAUUGCGGAGCUGAACCGGGCCGUCCAGAGGCUGCAGGCUGAGAUCGACAGCAUCAAGAAGCAGCGUGCCAAGUUGGAGGCUGCCAUCGCCGAGGCCGAGGAGCGUGGGGAGCUGGCCGUCAAGGAUGCACGUGCCAAGCAGGAGGAGCUGGAGGCUGCCCUGCAGCGAGCCAAGCAGGACAUGGCCCGGCAGCUCCGGGACUACCAGGAGCUCAUGAGCACCAAGCUGGCCCUGGACAUCGAGAUCGCCACCUACAGGAAGCUGCUGGAGGGCGAGGAGUGCAGGAUGACCGGAGCUGGAGUGGGAGCCGUGAACAUCUCUGUGGUCAGUUCCACGGGCGGUGCUGGCAGCCGGCUGACCUUCGGGGGAACCAUGGGCAGCAAUGCCCUGAGAUUCUCUAGUGGUGGAGGGCCUGGGGCCCCCAAGGCCUAUUCCAUUAGGACCACAUCCGCCCCCGGCAGGAGCACCCGCAACUAAGCCCCUGGAGUGGGGAGACACAUACCCUCCCCUCCCAUCGUCACAAGAGGACCUCCAUCCCUGGUCCCAUCCCUGGUCCCAAGACUGCAAGGCAGUCUGAAAAAUGAUGUCAGAAUAGCUUCCAAUAAAGCAGCUGCUUUCUGAGGCUUGGGUGAGUCCAUGCCUACCA